AUGGAAAAAUAUAUUAAGUUACUUUUAUUUAUUAAAAUUGCUACCUUCUUUUUUUUACAAUGGACAUGUCAUUUUUACAUUAAUGUGAGUAAGUUUAACAAAUCUUUCGUUUAUUUUUGCGAAAUUGGUAGACAAUUAGAUACAAGAAGUUAUCGAUUACUAGCAAAAUAUAGAGAGAAAUAUGCUUCAGAUGAUGUGUGGCUAAAGGAAAAGAUGCUAUAUAAUGAAGGAUGUACCAAAAAAGAUCUGUCUAAUAAUGAAAAAUUAACCAAAUAUAAAAAUAAACAAGCAAAUCGAAUUUCAUUAGAUAAUUCUAGAAACUGCGAGCAUCCUGGGAAAAUAAAAAAGUUUGUAUAUGAAAGAGGGGAUUCACAUUUAGAGGAAGGAAUAUCAAGGAAAUUAGAAUAUGAGAAUGAAUUUAGGAAAGUUGCGAAAGAUGAUUUCAAGAUUUUAAAAAAGAGGGUAAAUAAAACAAAUUUUUUUCUUUAUCUUUUACCUGUACUACUUCUAAUAAUUGGAAUAACUUAUUUUACAUUGGAACAAUUAAAUGUUAUCAAAAAUCAAAUUCCUACAGUAUGGUCACAUCUUUCAACAGUAGAUAUAGUACUUCCCUUAGCCUUAUCUCUUAUAAUAUUACCAGCAUUUUUUUAUGUAUUAACGAAAACUGUAAAUUACAAUAAGUUUAUAUAUGUAAAAUCUAGAUUAAAGUGUAUGAAUUAUCCUACUUUUCCUAGAAUAGUCUAUAAUACCUCUUACGAUUUGUAA